AUGGCUGCUUCCACCAGCAGUAAACCUGCAGUUCGAAGCUCAUCCCAUCUCGACAUCUUUUUGAACUCUCAUGUUCUGAAUACUAGCGAUGCGAGGGCAGCGGAGAGGAGAUGGGUAGCUGAUCGUGCUGCAGCCGCUGGACCCGUGGGCUUCGAUGUGGAUGCUGCAAGUAGAGUGCAUGCAGAUCGUCAGUCGACAAAGCAGCGAGCGGCUCUGCAGGAAGCGACGAGGAUAAGGAGAGCAGAGACAGAGUGGAUCGCUGAAGCGAACAGAAUUGUGAGUCUUUCACGUCAUCGCUGACUUGUGAGAAACCACACUGAAUGAUCGCUUGGAACGUGCGCACCAGUAUGCGCACAUCACAUCCCUUCUGCUCUUCUUGUCGACAAUAAGGCGCCCUUAUUUGGAUCUCUCUGGACGCUCUGGUCCGGCUUACCCUGCUCAUGGUGCUGACGACCGUGAUGGGUUUGGCAACGAUGCAGAGACCAGUAUCAGCGGUGCUGGAGGGAAUUCCCUCAGAGGCUUUCAAAGAUGGUCCAAGCUGGGGACUCUCACGGACGGUCAACGGGACGAGAUCGAUUUUGCGAUGAGAAGCAUGAUUCAGGGUGCUAUGAGUCGAAUACGCGAGCUGGAAAAGGGCGAAGAGGGUGAGUCUUGUUUAACGUGGAGCUCAGCCGUCUUUCCGAUUGAUGACUCGAGCGUCCUUUCUGUGGCCUUCGUCGCAUUUAGUCAGACAGCGCACAACACCAGCUCUUUCUGUCAACCCGCUCUCUCGACUACUGCGCGCAAGUCUGCCCGGAGAAGAUCAAUUUCCAGGCCGGUCUCACCCUUUGUAUGCCAGUACGCUCACCACACAUCGGGCAUCCAUCGUAGCCUCUCUCAAUAGCAGGCUAGCAGGAGCUAGUUCGCGGCUGAAGGAUUUGCAGGAAAGACGACUGGCUGCCGCCAAGAGGGCUCAGCGGGUCAAGGCUGGCGCGAGUGCAAGGGUAGCGCUAGGCGAGGAGAAUUCAAAGCGAGAGAAUGGAAGUGAGAGAGAGUCGGCUGCUGCGGUAGCUGGUGUGUCCGGCUCUCUAGGCUUGCCAGAGGUCAGCGCAGCUCAAGCACAAAUGUACGACUCGGAAGCUUCAGCACUCGUGAAAACUCUGGAACAGGAUCUUUCGGCAAUUCAAGCGGCGGAAAGAAGACUGGUGGAAAUUUCAGACCUCCAGACUCAGUUGAUCUCUCACUUAUCUGAGCAGACAGAGUUGACUACGAGACUGGGCGAUGAAGCUUUUGAGCAUCAGAGCGAGGUGCAGAGAGGAAAUGAUCAACUGAGAAAGGCAAAGGAGAGCAACAGAAAGGCUACGCAGUGGUUGGCCAUGUUCUUGGUAGGCAGCGGACUUGGCCUACUGUUCCUGCACUGUGAGUGUGAAGUUGGCACAAGAUGCUCGAGGUUGCGCACGCGACAAAAGAGCUGAUCAGCGCAAUCACCCCUUCUUACUGCCAAAGGGAUGGACUAA